GAGGCGGCGGGGGCGCCUCCGCCGCGCCUCGAGUCCGACGAGUUCGCCGACUCGGUCCUGUUCCUCCACUGCCCCGGCGGCAGCAAGGCGCUGCUGUACCAGUCCGGGUACGACGCCGCGGGGGGGCACGUCGCGCGCGAACCCUGGCUCGGCGGGAAGCGGUCGCUGCUUCAGCAGUUGCAGGUUCGUGCGUUCUCAUUAAGGAGUUUUCCUUGGGGAGGUAGGAGGAGGAGGAGGAGACAAUGUGGCGAGAGAGGGACCGGCAGGGCUGGCUAAUCCGAGACGCUUUCGUAGCCGUACGAUGAUAGGCUGCGCAUCGAUCCGACCUGUCCGUGGGAUGGGAGGGUGUUCGGACGAGUAUGGUAUUCCACGACCAGGGGCUCCUCAGUUUCGCGUGCAUCUACCUCGUAUUAUCGCAGCUGGGCGCGGUGGUCGGCGACGCGAGCCAGCGGAUGCUGGGAACCAAGAAGGCGCUGCGCUUCCUCAGCUGCUACGCGUCGCGGUGGCCGCGCUUCAUGCCGACGAGCGAGGUAUGGCUGUCGGCCGGAUGGGCACACCUGCACCUCCACCUGCGCGUGCUGUGCGCCGGGAAGCGGUACCACGAGCAGCAGCGGCGGCGGCGGGCACUCGACGGCGGGCUCCGCCCGUCCCGCGUCGCCGGCAAGCUCGCCUCGCUCGACGGCACCGCCGACGUGGGCAUCGUCGAGCAGCGCUUCGGCCUCGCCGUCGCCACUACCUACACCGCCGACCUGCCCCUCUUCACCGUCCUCUACCUGACCGACAGCGGUUACCGCCGCCUCUUCGUCGAGAGCGGCCGCCCUCUCGACGUGCCCGCCGCCGGCAGGCUCGCCGGCGUCGCCGUCUUCCUGCGCAUCCUGCGCGCCGUGCUCCCGCUCUGGGAGCGCCGCUGGAUCGAGUCCCUCAACGAGGUGGAUAAUCUGGUUGGUGUCGAGGUCGACGACCUAUUCGGCCCGCAGAGCGGGAGCGGCGUCAUGUUCGACGGCACGUCGUUCGCGCGGUCGCGGCUCUACUUCGCGGUGCUGCAGACGCUGCGCAUCUUCGCCGAGUGGAUCCAGGAGAGCGAGCGGGAGCUGCGGCGGCUGCGGCGCGACUUCGACGCCGCGUUCCGGUCCGAGACCGCGCGGCGGGACUCGGUCGGCAGCGCCGCGGGGACCAGGCCGCCGACGCGUCCCUUCUCCCAGGACGUCGACGGCGCGUGGGACGAGAUCUUGGAGUUCCACAGCGCCGCCGCGAACGCGCUCGCCGACCGCAUAGAAAAGAAGAACGAGGAGAUCAAGAGCUUCAGGGAUGGCCUCUUCAGCGCCACCUCGGUGCGCGAGGCGUCCCGCGCGACAUCCCUUAACCAGUACAUCUUGGUCUUUACCUUCGUCACCAUCUUCUACCUGCCGCUGAGCUACGUCUCCUCCAUAUUCAGCAUGAACACCUUCGCCUACCAAGACGCCCAAACCGAGCAAUCCGCAUUCCUGGCCUCUACGGUCCUGAUCGCCUUCGUCACCUGGGCGGUGGCGGCCGUGGUGCUCUGGCUGGUCCAGGACGACGCGAGGUUGCCGCGGGUCGCGGCGAGGCUUCGACGGAACGGGGCGUUUCCGCCGGGGAGGCGCGAGGCCGGAGAGAAAGAACCGGACCCGGUAUUCCGGGGCGUGUAGGAUAGGACCGGUCGCCGCGCUUCCCGAUGCCGUGCUCGUCUACGGUUGGCGGGUGCCCGCGGAUCGUGGAGAGGACCCUCUGGACAGGGGAAUAAAUAGGUAUAUAUAAAUAGCUAGCAUGUAAACCAGCAUGCGCCAUUUUGGAAGUUGUAAGCAUGUGUAUGAGCCUUAUCUCGCUGUUCGUAGGAUCCUCGUCCGGUAGCACUUUUGUUCUUCUAGCGUACCCCCUCCGUCUCCGGGUUGACCGUGUAUUGCUGUCCAUUCCGUAUCCAGAACUCCGUUAGCUUCUUCGUGCAGCUUCCGACGGGGCAUGGAAACUGAAAGGUAUUCGCUAGUUGCUGCUAUCAACAGCGUGGCCUAAACUGCAACCGGCGUGUCCCGCCACUGCAAGUUCCGCCCUCUAAGCUAGCCGGGCCAUCUCAGAAGCGUCCGGGGACUGGGGGCCCAGGGGGCGUCAGGGGUACCCGUCAGCGGCAGCAAUGGCUGCAGGCGCCAGAAGAAG